GGCGGUAGUACUUGGUGUCGUGAUGAGUCGGCCUAUCCAUCUAUAAGAUGAACACACGUCGCAGGGACGGCCCAUGCUACACCUUCCCCCUAACCCACAAUGUCUUCGCAUUCUUCGAAAGCUAUUCCGUCCCUCGGCGAGAGUAUAGGUGCACUCUACCUCGGCUCUAACAUAGCGUCCAUUUUGUAUGGCAUAACGAAUUUACAGGGGGUCAUUUACUACAAGAGAUAUCCCAACGACUGGUGGGUUUAUCGGUAUUCUGUAGCACUACUUUGGGUCCUCGACACUCUUCAUGUUGCUUUGAGCGCCCACGCCCUAUAUUUCUAUCUGAUUACUAUGUUCGGCGAUUUGGUUGGUGAUCUAGAAAGUGACCUGUGGAGUAUGAAGUGGCAAUUGUCUCUGAAUGACUUCCUUGUUGUGUAUGUCCAAGGGCUAUAUGCUGUCCGACUAUGGAAGCUCGGACGUCAUUUUCACAAAAUUCUUCCUUGGUUUGUGGCCUUGGCCGUGGUUGCUUCACUUGGUACGACGAUAUUUGUGGUAUAUAGCAUCCAUAUUACGCCGAAUCUUGCAUCUGCUUCCAACAUCAAAAGAUCAAUUUGCACCUUCUUCGCUACAAUUGCGGCUGCGGAUGUGAUAAUAGCCCUUCCGAUGACCUAUUACCUGUACCAGAGCAGAGGACGUAUGAUGUUCUCUUCCACAGCAGAUGUGCUUCUCCGUUUAAUGCGACUCGUUCUUAUAUCAGGGCUGGUUACAAGUAUCUCGUGUGGCCGGAAUCGUUGAUUUUCCUUGGGAUCAAUUUCGUUCUAUCUAAGCGUCAGUCUUAUUCAUCGUCCAUGUGAUACCCCCGAAUAAUCACUGAUUACUAUGUUCAUAGUCUACAUAAACUC